GCCUGUGUUGUGGGGAGCCUGCAGGUUCGGUCUCGGAGUCUUCCCAGCGCCUUGCUUCCCGGCAGAGAUUGGCGGCGCCAGGGCAGAGAGGCGGAACCGGAAGCGCCUGUGUUGUGGGAGCCUGCCGGUUCAGUGUCAGAGUCUUCCCAGCGCCUUUCUUCCCGCCUUAGGUGUUGCUGUAGCCCGGGGAUGCCAUGGGGGAAGCGGAGAAGUUUCACUACAUCUACAGUUGUGACCUGGAUAUCAACGUGCAGCUUAAGAUAGGAAGUUUGGAAGGGAAGAGAGAACAAAAGAGUUAUAAAGCUGUUCUAGAAGACCCAAUGUUGAAGUUUUCAGGACUAUACCAAGAAACAUGUUCUGACCUCUAUGUCACUUGCCAAGUUUUUGCAGAAGGAAAGCCUCUGGCCUUGCCAGUAAGAACUUCGUAUAAGGCAUUUAGCACAAGAUGGAACUGGAAUGAAUGGCUGAAACUGCCUGUGAAAUACCCUGACCUGCCCAGGAAUGCCCAAGUGGCCCUGACUAUAUGGGAUGUGUAUGGACCAGGAAAGGCAGUGCCUGUGGGUGGAACAACAGUUUCAUUGUUUGGAAAAUACGGCAUGUUUCGCCAAGGGAUGCAUGACUUGAAAGUCUGGCCUAAUGUGGAAGCAGACGGAUCAGAACCCACAAAAACUCCUGGCAGAACAAGCAGUACUCUCUCAGAAGAUCAGAUGAGCCGUCUUGCCAAGCUCACCAAGGCUCAUCGACAAGGUCACAUGGUGAAAGUAGAUUGGCUGGACAGACUGACCUUUAGAGAAAUAGAAAUGAUAAAUGAGAGUGAAAAACGAAGUUCUAAUUUCAUGUACUUGAUGGUUGAGUUUCGAUGUGUCAAGUGUGAUGAUAAAGAAUAUGGUAUUGUUUAUUAUGAAAAGGAUGGUGACGAGUCAUCUCCCAUUUUAACAAGCUUUGAGAUAGUGAAAGUUCCUGACCCUCAAAUGUCUAUGGAGAAUUUAGUCGAGAGCAAACACCACAAACUUGCUCGGAGUUUAAGAAGUGGACCUUCUGACCAUGAUCUCAAACCUAAUGCUGCCACGAGAGAUCAACUGAAUAUUAUUGUGAGUUAUCCACCAACCAAGCAACUUACAUAUGAAGAACAAGAUCUUGUAUGGAAGUUUAGAUAUUAUCUUACUAAUCAAGAAAAAGCUUUGACAAAGUUCUUGAAAUGCGUUAAUUGGGAUCUACCUCAGGAGGCCAAACAGGCAUUGGAACUUCUGGGAAAAUGGAAGCCAAUGGAUGUAGAGGAUUCCUUGGAGCUAUUAUCAUCCCAUUACACCAAUCCAACAGUGAGACGUUAUGCAGUUGCCCGAUUACGGCAGGCAGAUGAUGAGGAUUUGUUGAUGUACCUAUUACAGCUCGUCCAAGCUCUCAAAUAUGAAAAUUUUGAUGACAUAAAGAAUGGAUUAGAACCUACCAAGAAGGAAAGUCAGGGUUCAGUGUCAGAGAGUGUGUCAAAUUCUGGAAUAGGUUCUGCAGAAAUAGAUAGCUCCCAAAUUAUAACCAGCCCUCUUCCUCCAGUGUCUUCCCCUCCUCCUGCAUCUAAAACAAAAGAAAGUUCAGAUGGUGAAAGUCUGGAACAAGAUCUGUGUACCUUCCUGAUAUCAAGAGCCUGCAAAAACUCAACACUGGCUAAUUAUUUAUACUGGUAUGUGAUAGUAGAAUGUGAAGAUCAAGAUACUCAGCAGAGAGAUCCAAAGACCCAUGAGAUGUACUUGAAUGUAAUGAGACGAUUCAGCCAAGCAUUGUUGAAGGGUGAUAAAUCUGUCAGAGUUAUGCGUUCGUUGCUGGCUGCACAGCAGACAUUUGUAGAUCGACUGGUGCACCUAAUGAAGGCAGUUCAACGUGAAAGUGGGAAUCGUAAGAAAAAGAAUGAGAGACUACAGGCAUUGCUUGGAGACAAUGAAAAGAUGAACUUGUCAGAUGUGGAACUUAUCCCAUUGCCUUUAGAACCCCAGGUGAAAAUUAGAGGAAUAAUCCCAGAAACAGCUACAUUAUUCAAGAGUGCCCUUAUGCCUGCACAGUUAUUCUUUAAGACAGAAGAUGGAGGCAAAUACCCAGUUAUAUUUAAACAUGGGGAUGAUUUACGCCAAGAUCAACUUAUUCUCCAAAUCAUUUCACUCAUGGACAAGCUGUUGCGGAAAGAAAAUCUGGAUUUAAAGUUGACACCCUAUAAAGUAUUAGCCACUAGUACAAAACAUGGCUUCAUGCAGUUUAUCCAAUCAGUUCCUGUUGCUGAAGUUCUUGAUACAGAAGGAAGCAUUCAGAAUUUUUUUAGAAAAUAUGCACCAAGUGAGAAUGGUCCGAAUGGAAUCAGUGCUGAAGUUAUGGAUACUUAUGUUAAAAGCUGUGCUGGAUAUUGCGUGAUUACAUAUAUUCUUGGAGUUGGGGACAGGCACCUGGAUAAUCUUUUGCUGACGAAAACAGGCAAACUCUUCCACAUAGACUUUGGAUAUAUUUUGGGUAGGGACCCAAAGCCUCUUCCUCCUCCAAUGAAGCUGAAUAAAGAAAUGGUAGAAGGAAUGGGCGGCACACAGAGCGAACAAUACCAAGAGUUCCGUAAACAGUGCUACACAGCUUUUCUCCACCUUCGAAGGUAUUCUAACCUUAUUUUGAACUUGUUUUCCUUGAUGGUGGAUGCAAACAUUCCAGAUAUUGCUCUUGAACCAGAUAAAACUGUGAAAAAGGUAAAUUUUAUACACCCUCAGAUAUCUUUCUCAGUCUACUUGUCAUAUGUAAAAAAUAUUAGGGUUUUAACAACUCAUUUCCCCUUGUCCCAAUCCCUAGGCUCUUAUUUUUUAUCCCCACAUUCCAGAAUACAACAGCCUUUCAAAUUUCAAGUCCUCUGCAGCAGUUUUUAUCCCCUUCCCUUGUUCAUACCCGCAGUUUCAUGAAUAGGUCACUAUAUCAACAGCUAAACUUUACUAUCAUGAGAAAGAGCUUGCUCUUUGUUCUGGAAAGUUUAGCUUCUCUAAUAUUCCUGGUAGGAUACCUGAUUCCUGGUACUCUCAGCCUAAGCAUGCUGAGAAUCAGAAACAAAAUAUUUUAAUGGUAUGUAGAAAACAGUCAUUCUUUAUCCUUCCCAUUCAUACCCUUGGUUACAUGGGUUUCUUAACUGUGUCAGGAGAGUAGAGACCUGCUUUUUAACUUAACCUGCAAAGAGAAGAACAAAGGAAAACAGUCACGUAGAUGAGCAGUUAUUCAAAACUGCCUUACCCUGAUUGAAGCAAGAGAUGGGAGGGAAGGUAGUGGAUUUGAAGAUUUUUAUUUGAAUUAACCUCUGACUCUGAUUCAUUGAGAGGAAUGUAUGUAAUAUACUUUAUACAAAGCUGUCGUAAAAUGAUCUUAAAUAUCAGUGUGGUUAUUAAUACGGAACUUCAAAGAAAGACAAGGUAGCCUUUUAACUCAUAUAAAUAUAAACUUACUAAAAUUGUAACACUCUCAGACAUGGAAUUCCCCUGAUGGUUGAAAAUAAUAAUUAGCACCAUAAGCCCAAAGUUCUGAUGUAAUUGAUUGAACAUUAUUAGAAAGUUCCCUGUGUGGAUUAAACAUUGUCAUAGUCCUUUGGGCAGCUAUAACAAACUAGUAUAAAAAACUACAAGAGACUAGUGGCUUAUAAACAACAGAAGAUUAUUUGUGAUGCUUCCAGAGGUUCGAAGUACUAGAUCAGGGUGCCAGCAUGGUCAGGUGAGGGCCUGGUAUGAGUAGAAGAUUUGUUGUAUCUUCAUAGGGUGGAAGUGACCAGGAAGCUCUGCGGGGUCUCUUCCUUAUAAGAGCGCUAAUCCCAUUUAUGAGGGCACCACCCUCAUUGUAGUACAUGUCUUGGAGGUACAAAAAUAUUAACAUCAUUGUAAACAUGAGUGAGACUAAUGGUUUUUACCUUAUUGUGUGAGUCUUUUGCAAGCAAUGAGAGGGAUAUUUAUUUAAUGUAGGUCUUUUAUUGUUUAACCAUUUAAGAAAAUUUUGGUCUUUAGGAUUUUAUUUGUUACUUUAUCCAGCAAGCACCAUUUCAAUUACCCCCCCCCCCCACUGCACCCACCACGUAGUUAGGAAAUGGAUUAUCACCCUAGGUUUGGGUGUGGGUUUUUUAGUUGUUUGUUUUUGUUUUGUUUUUUUGUCAUCUAUCAAGAAACAUAAUUGGUUAAUGAAACUUCUUAGCUGAAAUUCAUAACUGCACCAGAUUUCAAAUGUUGUCUUUUUUUUUUUUUUUUCUUCGUCUUUUGCUUUUUGGGUUUUUUUGCUUUGCUGUUUUUAGGAUCUGUUUUUGCUGUUUAUUUUAUUUAAUUUAUUUAUUCAUUUGUUUAUUUAUUUUUUUCUUUUUAGGGCUGCACCCACAGCAUAUGGCAGUUCCCAGGCUAGGGGUCUAAUCGGAGCUGAAGCCACCUGUCUACACCACAGCCACAGAAAUGCAGGAUCCGAGCUGUGUCUGUGACCUACGUCACAGCUCAUGGCAAUGCCGGAUCCUUAACCCACUGAACAAGGACAGGAAUCAACCCGUGUCCUCAUGGACGCUGGUUAGAUUCACCAACUGCUGAGCCGUGAUGGGAACUCCUUGCUGUUUAUUUUAAACCCAUUUAUCUCUGUUAUGUAUUCAUUCUUCCUUGACUUCACUCAUAUUCAGAAGUCAUUUAUGAAAGUUCUAACAAUAUUUGUCACUUCCAAUUUCUUCUGCCAGUUAAGUUGUAUAGUUGUUAUUCUUUUAGAUCUUUUGUUUUAACUCUUCUCUAUUAGACAGUCAUGAUUUUAUUGUUUGAGCUUUCUUUAUGGCAUCAUCUUUUAAAACAUGAAGUGACUCAUUUUAUGAAAAAAAAGUGCAUGCGUAUUUGUCAUUUUUCUUUAGACUAAUUGCUCCCUAGGUGCUUAUUCUAGUUUCAAUUGAAUGAACGUGGAACAAAAGGUAUUUUACCAUAUUUCCCCCCAGUGUUCCAUAAAAGAUUUCUUUGCUUGCUGCUAUUUUUAACCAAUUGAAACAUAAACUUGCCUUUUUCUUUCUUUUUUUCUUUUUAGAGCUGCACCUGAGGCAUGUGGAAGUUCCCAGGCCAGGGAUCGAAUUGAAUCAGCUAUAGCUGCCAGCCUAUGCCACAGCCACAGCAAAGUAGGAGCUGAGCUCUAUCUGCAACCUAUACCACAGCUCAUGGCAAUGCUGGAUCCUUAACCCACUGAGUGAGGCCAUGGAUUGAACCCACAUCCUGAUGAAUCCUAGUUGGGUUCGUUACCACUGAGCCACGACAGGAACUCUCAAACUUGUCUUGUAAAUAAUAUUAAUAUUGAAAAGUGAUGUUUCAAUAGGCUAAAAUUUAUGUUUCAUAUUUUGGCUUUUUUAAGAAGUAAAAGUAGGUUUUUAUACUUUGUGAACUAACAUUUGCUGGAACUACUUUGAAGUCUUACUACCUAGAAAUUUUUGCAUUGGCCUCAUGAAUGAAAGCCAGCUAGAGAAAAUGCAGCACAUUCGAGGCUGAAAUCUUAAAGGGAAGUACAGAUUCAAAUUAUUUACAUGAUUAUAACAAAGUUCAGUAUAAUAUAUACUGUAAUGUAUAAUGGAUAAUAUAGUAUAAUUCAGUAUAAUGCUUCUAUAAUGUAUUUUAGUAUGCAUAUAUCAAUUUAAAAAUUUUUUUGAAACUACUUUCAUUGUUGUUCACUUUGUUGUGUUUUACAGAUAAUUGCAUUUCUUUCAAAUUUUGAAGGUUUGUAGCCACCCUGCAUUGAGCAAGUUUGUUAGUGCCAUUUUUCAAACAUUUGCUCACUUUGUAUCUCUGUGUCACAUUUUGGUAAUUCUUGCCAUAUUUCAAAGGAAGUAUAUCUGUCUACCUUUGACAUACAGCUGAAGAGGCUGAGAUUUGCAAGUUUGUAGCUUUUUCUUGAGACACUCCCCAGACUGAGUGCAGCCCUGUGUUAAAGGUCACAAGAGUUUGAAGCUUGCUGGUAGGGAUAACCAGGAAAUCAGGGAAGAAAUUCUAGAAAGGUCAAAGUCACAGAGGUGACUUUGGGGACAAUAACAAGUAGCCCAACACAACUCAGUGUAUAUGAUACCAAAUCAACCUUUUAUAUGCAGUUAACUUUCUUUGUUGUAAAAGAGAAGGUUUUCAUAUUUGGUAAAAUAAUAUUUUCUUUGUAUGCUAAAUAUAUAGCUUCUGUUUGCAAUUUAAGCAUUUAUAUAAGUAUGCAAGUUUUGAUAAAAUUAGGUGAAAGGUUUUUUUUUUUAAUUCUACUGCCUUAUAGUUUUUUGACAUUCUUAAAAAAAAAAAUUAGUUCCAAAAUAGUCAGACAUGACUCUCUAAGUAGAAGUCAAAUAAUGUAAUGUAUUAAACUCAAGGAACAUGUAUGUCUUUAACUGGGAUCCAGAAAUGGGAAAUAGAGCUGAUUGUAGGUGUAUUUUUAAUGUCUUUCCACCAAAUUGUCCUUCACUUUUUAUAUCUGCCUCUCUUUUACCUCCUCUACCUCAGGCUGCAGGGCUGUUGGAGUGAAGAUAAAAGAGCAUUAAGUGAGGCCAUGGGUUGUAGUGCUGUCUGCCCUUUCUUCUUCCUAGUUUUAUAAUAAACUCCACACUUGAAAAGAAAUACUGGAGUUCUUUUGUAGCUCAGUGGUUUAAGGGUCUGGCAUUGUCACUGCAGCAGCUUGUGUUCUAUCCCUGGCCCAGGAACUUCCACAUGCUGCGAGCACAGCCA